AUGGUGAUCGACGCCGGCGACGACGAGGGCGCCGGCGACUGCUUCAUCGACGCCACGGACCGCAUCCUGCACGUGGCCAAGUGGAAGGCCAACGGCGACGAGGCCGCCUUCGCGGCGCCCAUGGAGAAGCUCUGGGAGACCUUCGAGGCCGACGCGCCGGGCUGGAAGUGGAUCGCGGUCGCGCGCGACGGGCCGACGUGGCUCGCGGUCAUGCUCUUCUCCACGGACAGCGACGCCGUCGCCUACAGCGAGAUCCUCGCCCAGGCGCCGGCGCUGGCCCAGGGCCACGUCGUCUACGACGACGCCGUGCCCAUCCGCAAGAAGGUCGCGGCGAAGGCGCUGCCGCCGGGCGCGCUCCUCUGGCUCUACUGCGUCGAGGUCGACAAGAAGGACGCGCUCGCCGAGUUCGAGGAGCAGCUGAUCCGCAAGCUCGACAAAUCCAUCUUCGGCUUCGCCGUGACCAAGCCCUUCCAGGGCGGCAAACGGCUCUCCUUCUCCGCGAUCGCCGCGACGAAGGCGGACCUCGAGGCGUACCGGACGCGCGUGCUCAACCCGCUCCUGAAGACCAUCCCGGUCAAGACCGUGCCCUACGACGACAUCGCGCCCAUCUGCGGCUACAACGACGCCGAGCCCGAGGACGGCGACUGCCGGCUCUCGUGGUUCGCGCUCCUCGCGACCGCGACAGGCUUCUUCCAGCACCCGCCGUCGCGCCGCCCCCCGACGCUUCUCCGGGCCGGCGGCGGCGACGACGCCGCGUCGCUCUGGGCCGAGGCCGCGCGGCUCCGGCGCGAGAUCGCGGCGGACAUGGAGGCCAUGCCCGCGCCGGAGGCGGGCGCCGCGCCGGCGCCGGCUCCGUCGAAGGGCCUCUCCGUCGUGCUGCCCAUCGCGAGCCCCGACUGGACGAUCGCGGACACGGAGUGCUUCUUCGAGCCGCGGACGGACGCGGCCGCGGAGCUCCUGGCCAUCGACGUGCCCGUGCCCUGCGGCGUCAUCCUCGAGGAGCGCGACGACAAGAACGGCGCGCCGAUCAUCGUCGUCGGCGCGGUCGGCGAGGGCUCGAACGCCGAGGCCGCGGGCGUGCUGCCGGGCGACAUCCUCCGCGCGACGACGGCCGUGAAGCAGCAGAUGGAGAUGCCCACGUGGCAGCUGCUCGGCGGCGGCAUCGGGCGGCCGCGGCUCUUCCGCUUCGUCUUCGGCGCGGACCUCGACGCGCGGCCGCCGCGGACGUUCGAGGAGGUCCUCGGCGCCGUCGCGAGCAACCGCAUGGACCAGGAGCGGCGGCCCGCGAUCCUCGUCGUCGAGCGGCCCGCGGCCCCGACAAGAGAGAUGCAACGUCGCUUCAACAGGAGCGACGCCACCGACAUGAGCUGGAUGACCAUGCACAUGAGCGCCGCGUUGUGCGCGCCGCCGGGCUUCUGCUGGCAGCAGCAGAGCGUCGUGAACGCCGCCGCGAGGCUCAGCAGGCUCGCGCCCAUGCAGAGCACGCCGGACACGACGGACGGCUGGAAGGGGAACACGGCGAUGCCCGCGAUGGCGAAGACGAGGCCCACGGUCGCCGCGGUCUUCCACGACGCGACGCACGCGUCCUACCCCGUGGCCGCGUCGAAGAACACGGAGGCGCGGGCGGGCCACCGCGCGCACGCCGAUGCUGAUGGCGUCGGCCCCGGGGCUGCCGAUGAAUUUUGCCGAGGCUGGUGCUAG